AUGAGGAUAUCAACCCUUAGGCUGGCCGAGAAAUUCAUCGCGAAUCGCAAGGCCUUCUUCGGAGAGCGCUAUGACAUGUUGAAAUCGGCCGGACCCAAUAUUGGAGUGGGUAUCGGAACUUUGCUCACUGUUGGAGUAUGGGUCUUGUAAGUGUCUGGAAGUUUUUUCUAUUGUGUUUUGGAAGUAUCUAGCUAUAAUUGUUCAAAAUUUCAUAGAAAUUGAUGGGGGUUGUCAAAAGUUAUGGCUAUUUUUCUGCGGCUCUAUUAGAUCUGAUCCCCUAAAUCAAUAUUUUUAGCAAUUUCGCCAUGCCAACCCCCGACCUUCAGCAUGAUUUCCGGUAUAUAUUCUCCGCAGAGUACAGACAGUUCGUCAAGACCAAUGGACUAGCCGAUCCGGUGACUGAGGGCAUGUGGGAACGCCGAGUUCAGGGAUACUAUGUUCAAGAACGCGACGCCAAGCGAUCUCGCCUACUGCGCCACACAAAUUUCGAACAAUCUGGCUACGGAGAGAGUGUUUAA